AUGAACUUCACCCCGAUAACAGCUUUCGUCUGCCCGACAUGUCCAGCUCGUCUCAGCCCCAUGAUUAAGCCCGUUGAUAUCCGCAAGGCUUCUAUCGAGAAAUUGCAAGAUGGCGCCGAUCGCAUCGACAACUUUCUGGCUACCAUGGACUCAGGCCACUCGGACCGGGCAGCCAUAUUGAACGAUAAGUGCACAGUUUACUAUGUGAAGUGGAAGAAGUCCGGAGUCCCAGAAGACGUCGUCAAGGCUGUUCAAGCAGGCCGGGCAGCUGUCGAGGCGCUUACGCCAAACGAAACUAGCAAGGGACCGGUCUUCAACAAGUUGGCCGCCUCACUCAAAGGUCGAUUCCGAUACUCCAGUCAGGCCGAGGAUCUCGAAGAUGCAAUCAAGUACGGCAAACGUGUCUUAACAUGCUUCGCUCAUGGUACCCACCAGUGGAGGGCGGCAAAUGCAAACCUUUGCGAUAUGAUUUGUGAUAAGGGUUGCUUCUAUCGCACCAAAGAAUCUCUUGACGAAGCCUUCGAGUUUCUGGAACAUGCAGGCGCACCUGGCAUCCAACCGACAUUUUAUGAGUCCUCGCGACUUUCAUAUCUCUCGGCUGUCCUAGUGUCUCGAUUCGAGGCGACUGGAUCCGUUCAAGACCUCGAGAGAGGCAUAGAAGCGGGUUACAAGUCAAUUGAAACACUCCGGGACGGAGCCAUACGUGACCACGAAUACAUGAACACGUCAGCGGCUUUGAUUACGCACUUUCAUCUGACUGGUUACUUGAACAGCCUGGAAGAAGCAAUUUGA